GCGCAACUUACAGUAAUAUUUCAACAGUCAAAGCAAUCGCACGUCUUAUUGGAUAUACUUACAAAAUAUAAAAACAAAAAAAUAUAGAAGUAGACGUAACAAACUGACAGCUAUAAAAUAUCAAAUAAAAUAUACAUAAGCAAAUAUUGUUUGCGUACUUAAAACGUUCCUCAAUUCAAUUUUGAAUAAGCAAAUUAAAUAAGCUAAAAUGUCCGCUCGCCGCGUUACAGUCAACACACGCGUCUCUCGCGCUUCCACGUCGACGCCAGUUGGCGGAGUGUCCAACUCAUCGGGAUCUGGACGCCUGGGUGCAACAAGUCCCACGAGUCCGACGCGCACCACACGCCUGCAGGAGAAGGAGGAGCUGCAGCAUCUGAAUGACCGUCUCGCCUGUUACAUCGAUCGCAUGCGACACCUUGAGAAUGAGAAUGGUCGACUGACGCAGGAGCUGCAUCUGGCACAAGAUACUGUUAAUCGUGAGACCUCCAAUCUAAAGGCGGUCUAUGAAAAGGAAUUAUCAGCGGCACGUAAACUGCUCGAUGAGACGGCCAAGGAGAAGGCCAAGUUGGAGAUCGAUAUUAAGCGGUUGUGGGAGGAGAAUGAUGAUUUGAAGCAAAGACUCGACAAGAAAACUAAAGAGGCAACCGUGGCCGAGAACAAUGCACGUCUCUAUGAAUCUCGUUACACUGAAGUGAAUGGCAAAUAUAAUUCGGCUCUGGCCGAUCGCAAAAAGGCCGAGGAUCAGGUCAAGGAUCUGUCUGCAGAAAACGAGCGUCUGCGUCGUCAGCUGGAUGAUCUGCGUAAGCAGUUAGAGGCCGAGACGUUGGCACGUGUCGAUCUGGAGAAUCAGAAUCAGAGUCUGCGCGAAGAGUUGGCGUUCAAGGAUCAGGUGCACUCGCAGGAGCUGACCGAGACGCGUUCGCGUCGCCAGAUCGAGAUCAGUGAGAUCGAUGGUCGUCUAUCGCGACAGUAUGAGGCAAAGUUGCAGCAAUCGCUGCAGGAGCUGCGUGAUCAGUAUGAGGCACAGAUGCGCGCCAAUCGUGAGGAGAUCGAGCUGCUCUAUGACAACGAGAUACAGAAUCUCAAGGCAGCUGUGGCACGCUCCAAUCAGGGCUCACUGCAUGCCACAGAGGAGGUGCGUCUCAUGCGCACCAAAAUCGAUGGCCUUCAGAAACAGCUGCAGGAUCUGGAGAACCUCAAUGUGGGCUUGAAUGCUCGCAUUCGUGAACUGGAGAAUCUCUUGGAUAAUGAACGGCAGCGUCAUAAUCAGUACAUUGCCUCACUGGAGGCAGAUCUGCAGCGCAUGCGCGAUGAGAUGGCCCAACAGCUGCAGGAAUACCAGGAUCUGAUGGACAUCAAGGUGUCCCUGGAUUUGGAACUGGCCGCCUACGACAAGUUGUUGUGUGGCGAGGAACGUCGCCUCAACAUCACCUCUCCCGCCCGUCCCAGCACCGAUUCGGGCAUCUCCAACAGUGGCACCCACUUAACCGCCAGCGGUGGCUCCCAUUCCGGUCGUGUUACGCCCAGUGGACGUCGCUCUGCCACUCCGGGAAUUUCCGGCUCGGGCGCUGUCAAGCGUCGCCGUACUGUUAUUGAUGAGAGCGAGGAUCGCACGCUGUCCGAGUACUCGGUGAAUGCGGCGGCCAAGGGUGAUCUGGAGAUCAUUGAGGCGGACACAGAGGGACGCUUCAUUAAACUGCACAACAAGGGCACCGAGGAGAUCCAUCUGACAGGCUGGCAAUUGACUCGCAUUGCUGGCGAUGAGGAGCUCGCUUUUAAAUUCUCGCGUGGCUCCAAGAUUGUGGGUGGUGCAACUGUGACCAUUUGGUCGGUGGAUGCCGGCGCAGCCCAUGAUCCACCCAACAAUUUGGUCAUGAAGAAGAAAUGGCCAGUGGCGAACUCAAUGCGCUCCGUUCUGGCCAAUGCCGACAAAGAGGAUGUUGCCAGCUACGACCGUGUCCGUGCUAACACUUCCAGCCAUGUCUCGAGGCAUCGCAGCAGCGGUACGCCCAGCAGCGGUUUUACCCUCGGUUCCGGAGCUGGCUCCACUGGCGUAAGAAGUCUCUUCUCGCUGCUCUUCUAGAAGAUACACAUACUCAUAGUCAACAGCUCAUAGAAGAGAUUCACAAGCAUAGGAUUAGCAGCUAACGAAGAAGAAGAAGAAACUUCAAGACGUGCAACAUUCACAGAAACACAUCAUAUCUACUACGACUACAACUACAACUACUUUUUUUAAUGCCUAUCAAUGUUAAAUGCAAUUUAUAAUGUACAACACAAACAAUUACAACACAUUGUUAGUUUCAAUAUAAUUGUUCAAUAUGCUUAAGAGAUGUUCGUAUCAAUUUUUUAUGUAUUGUAAUUUAAAAAUGCAUUUGCUAAAAAUAAAAAAAAACAAAAGAGAUACCUAAAGA